GGGGCAUUCAGGCGGCCCGCGCAGGCCGCCGGAAGGCGGCCUGAACGAAUCGGUCGCUGUCAGGUUUUUUCCGUCCGGCCAACGUCCGGUUCAGGCCGGUUUGAGUGUGUGUGGGCACAUGAGGCGGCCUUGAGGCCGCACGUGUCAGUGUGAAUCUCGGCAGCAUAGUGUCAACAUGUCUGUCGCACUAACCACCAGCUGCACCACCGAGGAAGAGCGCCAAUUUUGGGCUGAAUUUAUUGAAAUAUAUAAGGAAAAUCCAUGCCUAUGGAAAAUCAGGUCAAAAGAAUAUUCAGAUAAAGUAAAGAAGAAUGCAGCAUAUGACUUGCUUGUAGAGAAAUUGAAAGAGAAGGACGGCGAUGCUACUAGAGAGCUAGUCACAAAGAAGAUUAACAACAUGAGGAGCUCCUUCAGGAAAGAGUCCAAGAAAGUUUUGUCCUCUAUGAAAUCAGGUGCUGGUACUGAUGAUGUUUACACACCUAAUUUAUGGUAUUACGAUCUGCUCCUGUUCCUGAAAGACCAAGAAAUUCGGAGGACAUCUGUGUCAAGUAUGGAAGAGUUUGCGGAUCAUGCCGAAGAGGGAGCGUCUACUCGUGCAUCAUCGAGAAGUAGCAGUGUCUGCAGUGACCAUGACCGACCAUUAGCAGAGAGUUCAGAACCAGCAGUUAAUUCUCUCACUGCAGGAGCGAGAAAAAAAACAGAGACCUUCGACUAGUCCUGCUGAAAAUGUUCUCAAACUCAUCGGAGAGCGCAUCACAUCUUCCCGGCCAGAGGAUGAGUUUGACAUUGUGGGAAAAAAUGUUGCAACAAAACUCAGGAAAAUGACAGCAGAUAUGCAACUGCUAGCAGAAAAGUUAAUAAAUGAUGUAUUGUAUCAAGGCCUCAGUGGAAAACUAACAACAAACAUGGAAUUAAAAGACUCAUCAACA